AUGCGCGCCGCCGGAAAAGAGCACCUCGAACGCAGCACCCUCACCACGUUUGCCGAGUUUAGCCGAGGCAUUGGAUCGAAAAGCACCGUGUUGGAAGACGUCGACACUGGCAACUAUGACAUGCCGAAUCCGUCCGAGACUCUCCCAUUUCGCACAUCCAACAGAGGCGGCGUCGGGUUUGCAUGUCGAAUCCUCGACACGUUGAUCGCUAACGUGCCACUUCCGACUCCAACGUGCCAAACGAAUCCAAACAAUCCGAGUUACCGGGUCGCUGCACCGAAUGGCCAACAUCCUUUCCCUGUGGCGUGUGCAGGGUUUGGCGAAGCGGCCAUCACGUCCCCCCACAUUUCGACGCCUCCGCCGGAAGCGUCCAACGGCGGCGGGCCACGCGUGCCUUCGUACACGAAUUGCAUCUUGUUUCAUUCCGUCAUGAAUGUCGAGGCAUGGUGGCUGCAAGUGGAUGCCGGGGUGGUGUGCCCAUGA